GAGGUGACGUUUGUUAUAAUUUACAAAAACUAUUUAAAUUGCCACACUCAGUUUCCCACCAAUGGUUGUUUUGAACCCAAUAUAACCAAUGAGGACAUAUCGGGAACAUCGCUUGAAGUAACAUCACCAGGUGGUGCAUCCAUCGAUCGUUUGUAUUCUGAGGGCGAGCGGAGCUCGGACGGGCAGCACCAUGGGUCACUGGGUGUCACGCUACUACACGGACCCCAACUACUCGCCGGAUCACACCCAGCCGUCCAAGUUCGAGCCCGGCUUCGGCUUCCAGGGCGAGCGGAAGGAGAGGGAAAUGAUUGCCACUGAGGAGGAGAUGUCCAGCGCCAAGCUGCACCCUCGGGACCGCGACUACUGCGCCCACAAGCUGAUCGCCUUCAACGCCUGCAAGCGCAAGGAGUGGCCGCUCGCCUACAAGUGCGCGCACGAAAAGCACGAACUGAUGAACUGCCAGUACGAGGACUACAUGAUCCGUAUGCGCGAGUAUGAGCGUGAACGGCGGCUGCUGCAGCGUCAGAAGAGACUGGAUGAGAAGGAACGGCGGCUAGCGGCCGAGGAGCUGGCGGCCUGAGCGCGCGCUCGUGAGUGUCCGAGUCUAGCCGUGUUUUGUACAGCGCCCCUGUUGAUGUGUAAAUAGAUAUGGUAUAGUGGUA